AUUCCCCCCCCUACAUCCGCCUUGCAUGCGCUGAGCUUUAUAAACAAAGGCAAACCUUCUUCCCUUUUAAAAGACGGGUAGUUCUAGUUGACUUUUUGUGUUUGCUGUUUGAUUCGGGACAAUCAGAAUUUGAGGCAACAGGCUUUGCAGGUAUCUGAAAUGGAUGAGAUCCAAGUUGAGUCCAAACCCCUGUUGGUUGACAGAGAACUACCGGGCCUGAGAGAGGCUGUGCAGCAACUUGUUGUCAAGGAGCAUGAUGUUGAGACUCCUUAUGGAAGACUCCAUUGCACAAUGAAGGGGGCUCCCAAAGGAGACAGACCAGUCAUCCUUACUUUCCAUGACAUCGGCCUGAACCACAAGACCUGUUGGGACGCGCUCUUUAACCAUGAGGACAUGGCAGAGAUCAUGCAGCAUUUUGCUGUUUGUCAUGUCGAUGCCUUCGGGCAACAUGAAGGAGCCAACACCUUUUCCACUGGGUAUGAGUACCCCUCUAUGGACCAGCUGGCUGAGACCCUCCCAUUGGUGCUCAAGCACUUUGGUCUGAAGAGCGUCAUUGGAAUGGGCAUUGGAGCCGGCGCCUACAUACUGACCCGAUUUGCUCUGGACUAUCCGAAUAUGAUGGAAGGUGUCAUGCUGAUCAACAUCAACCCAUGUGCUGAGGGAUGGAUGGACUGGGCUGCCCACAAGAUCAGUGGCUGGACCCAUGCUGAGCCUGAUAUGAUUAUCUCCCACCUCUUUGGAAAGGAGGAGAUCGGCCACAACCAUGAACUGAUUGGUAGAUACCGCCACCAUAUCUUAAACGACAUGAACCAGUUCAACCUUCAUCUCUUCGUCAAGUCCUAUGAAAGCCGGAGGGAUCUGGAUAUUGAGAGGCCGGUACCUGGAAUUAAUGCCAGAACUCUUAAGUGUCCUUCUCUGCUAGUGGUUGGGGACAAUUCUCCUGCUGUGGAUGCUGUGGUUGAGUGCAACACUAAGCUAGACCCAACCAAAACAACCCUUCUUAAGAUGGCGGAUUGUGGAGGCAUGCCCCAAAUCGAUCAGCCUGCAAAGCUGACAGAAGCUUUCAAGUACUUCAUUCAGGGAAUGGGACACAUGCCUGCUGCCAGCAUGACCCGCCUGGCCCGCUCUCGCACCGCUUCUGGCUCCAGCUACACCUCCGACGGCAACCGCUCACGCUCCCACACCCACGAUGGCAACCGCUCUCGCUCGCACACCAACGAAGGGAGUCGCAGCCGCAGCCACACAACCGAACACGGCCACACUGACGGCACGGCCAACAACAACGUAGACCAGUCUGCGCCCAAGUCCACUGAAAUCUCCUGCUAAAUUGUCCCCUCCCCCCUGUUGGUGCAGACAACACAAACCUCUUAAGGUCCCGUCAUGUUGUGCUGCGCUGCCUCUUAAUCAAACGCAUACACAUAUUCAGAGCGGGACACUAAAAUGGCUUAAUGGGAUAUGUACAAAAAAAAAUAUUAAAAAAAAUAACGCACAAAGGAAUCUCUCCUGCAGAUCUUCCACUGCAGAUCAGAUCCCUAUGAAAAACACUUAGACUAGAAGGUUUUGUUCAACUGUUUUGUCAUUCAGGGACUCGUGCCCACACACACACACACACACACACACACACACACACAUCUGCAUUCAUAUUGAGCAGAGGAGCAAAUGGAGGUAACGCAGCAUUCAGGGACACCAAAACGGAGAAUAUCAGAGAAAGCUGUGGCUAAGAGUACUCCUGCUUGUAAAGUAUUUCUUUUGCAUUUAAAGCAGAAUUAAAAAAAACAAAAACAAAACAGCAUUCCUUCCUUCCGUUUCUCAUCACAUUUUAACACAGCUUUCUCAAAUUUCCCCGAAUGUAAAUGUCUUGUUUUGUUCUCUCUGUAAUUGUCUGAUCAUUUGCUCUUCCUUUUUUCCAUGCUGUGUCAUUUGUGCAUAGGAGCAGGUUUGUAGUUGUGAGGGGAGAAAAAGAGCAGACGCUGAUGGAUGAGGCAUAAAGGGCUCACAGUUUCUGUAGCUUUACAAGUUAAGGGAGGACGUUUUAGGAUAUACUGUAAAUAAUGCUUAUUACAUUCAGCUGGUGUUUAUCAUCUCCCAGGUGUUGGGUUUAAUUUUACUUUAAGAUUUUUUUUUCUGCAACAUUUUGGUUAGCAUGUGGAAAAACUGGAAUUAAGACUGAAUAUGGAAAACAUUUCAC